CAUGACGAUCACUGUGCACUGUGAAUGGGAAUUUCGUCUGCUACUUUGCUACUGCUAGCUCUUAAAUCCAAGAAAAGAACUACAAAUUUGUACAAGGAUGGUCAGAUACUUAAUUCACUUCCAGUACUUUGGCACAAAUUAUUGUGGUGUUGUGAAAGCCUCCAAAAAUGCCAUAGCUCGGAGUGGGAAGAUUGGUGUACAGGAUGUCAUUGAGAAUGUAUUAGAGAAGCUCAACCCGUAUCGGUCGACCAAAAUCUACGUUUCAAGCCGCACUGAUUCAGGGGUGCACGCCUUGUGCAACACGGCCCAUUUUGAUCUGGUACGUCCGCCAAAUAAACCGGAAGCGUUCAGGGACGAGAGCCUGUGUCUCGGUCUCAACUCCUUCAUUCCAAGACGCGAGCAAGUCAGGGUUAUCGGAGCCAGGAGGGUCCCUGACAAAUUCCACGCCCAGCACAACGCAAUCUCCAGAAGUUACUUGUACAGGAUAGCAGUCGGUUGCACCUACCGCUCCUUGCCAGUAACGGAGAAGGACAGAUGCUGGGCUAUUAAGAGUGAGCUGAACAUUGAAGCCAUGAAAGAAGCAACGAAACUCUUCCUUGGCACACACGAUUUCUCAGCAUUCCGCAGCGCAUCCAAAGAGAACAGCUUCAAAUCGCCCAUCAAAACGAUAGACCGCAUUGAAAUAGCGCCCUCGCACGGCCUCCUGGACCGGCACUGGAGUCGCGGCCACUCCCACAUCCAGUUCUGGGAGGUGUCUUUUCGAAGUCGCUCAUUCGUGUACAGACAGAUACGCAGAAUGGUCUCUGCUCUGGUUUCGGUGGGCAAGGGCAGCCGAUCACUGGAGGAAGUGAGAGCAGUUUUAGAAUCUUGUGAUAACGCUCACCCAAAGACGAGUCCCACGGCCCCACCAGAUGGACUUUAUCUGAAAGAAGUCUUGUACAAUGAGGAAGAUCUUUCACUGGAGAAUAUGCAGGAGUCUGAAAGCUCAGAGAUUGUACGGCCCAAUUUAUGACAGUCAUUGGCUGUGCUGAAUUUGAAUCCUGUUACCACAAGUAUGCAGCUGAUGGUGGAGAAAAAGUCGAGAUUGGGAAAGCAUGUCUUACGUUGCAGGUGCUUUUGGUCUUGCACCUGUUGUUUUGAUACUCCUUGUAUGGACAGAAUGGCAUUACAUCUUACACCUUAAAGGGUACCUGAAAUUAAAACACUUUUAUCGAGGAAGGCAUUGUAAGAUGUCUAUAAACACUUAACCAUUUCACAAAGUUCACAAUUUUAAUGUUUUGCUCAUAAAUGGCGACCCUGAAAAGAAUAAAAUAUGAAGCGUGCCCCCGCCCCCCAAAAUACCCUUUUUGGCCGCUGGCCGGAUCCCCGGUGAUGACGUCAUCGCCAGAACGUAACCACGCGUGCUGCUCGCCAACGACCACGUAAACACAGCCAUAUACACGGUAAACGUCCCGGGUCAAAAUCAUGGCGGAGUGAAUUAGUUCGUCAGAUUCAUCGUCAGACGUCUCAGAGAGCGACCUUGAUCGUGAUUUUUUCUGAUGAAUCAUAUUCCGAGGAUGAGCACAGAGACGAGUCAGGUCAGAUAGCGCUGUAUAUGUCAGAGCCAGAGGUUUACAGCGAGAGCGACGAUGGGUCCAAAACAGAGAUUUGGGGAACCCUUUUCACACUAGCUAGAGUCCAACACGGCUUCUACACGUUUCCGGCACCUGCUCUACACGGGUAAAAUCCAAGCCUGGUCGGGAUCAGGGUAUGAGAGGCUGUACCUGGGUAAAAAUCUACCGCCAAAAACAUACCAACUUUAAAAGACCAUGAAAUGAAUUUACUUGGGCUCAUAUUUUGAGCAACUUUGCACUACUCUCAACCAGUUCACGUCGGACGACGUGUAUGUACACGCAAAGGUUUUGAGGUAUUCGGAACGGAUGAU